GCAGCACACACAGCUCCGUACACUAACCGUCUAACUGUAUCGAUAAUCCAUCCAUCCCUCUUCUAAUACUCAUCAUUUCGAUCUCAAACACCCCCUUCUAUAAAUCCUAAUAAUAAUAAUAACUGAAUACAGAGCUAGACCUUAAUUACCAGUCGCCAUUAAUGGAGAUGAAGCACCUUUCUUCCAUCGCCGCCGACGUCCUACGCCAAUGCGCCCAGACGCUAGGGAAAUCUGUGGAGGACAUAGUGAUUGAAUUUGAGGUGGGAUGGGAGGCAUCUGAGAAGGGAUACUCAAAGAAGUUGCUGGAGUUCGCUUGCUCCAAGGCCCUGGCUAAGAUGUUCAGCCUAAGUACACAUGAUGCUAUUCUUGAUAGUUCGUCCUUUAGCCGCUUCACUUUUGAUAUGAUGCUUGCUUGGAAUAUGCCCAGCUCAGCAGAUGAAGAAUCAUAUAAUGAGUGUGCGGGAAAAGAAAAGGAAGACAAACAAGUGGCUAUAAUAAACACCAAUGAUCAAGGACAAGAUGACAUCCCUUUGUUUUACUCAGAUAUUAUGCCACUCCUUGUUGAUCAUGAGCCAAGUGUUACUGAAGAUGCAUUUGUGUGGCUAUCUACACUUGUACCCGUGAUAGCAGAUGUUGUUACUGCACGGUUUACUUUCGAGACUCUUACAGCUCCUUCUGGGUGUAAACUCCACUAUCCUGCCUACAAUUUGUUCUUGAAACAGAUUGACAAGUGCACAAGGCAUUUGCAGAAGCAAGCAAAACCAACUGGGGUAGAACUGGAGGAUAAUGAGUUUAUACUGCACGUCGAAGGAACUGCAACAACGCAGAGAGUAGUGCGCCAUAUUGGUGGAACAAGUUGGCCUGGUAGGUUGACAUUAACAAACUAUGCUCUCUACUUUGAGGCAUCUGGAGUCCUGUCUUACGAAGAUGCUCUUAGAAUUGACCUUUCAAAGGACAUUGAGCAGAGCAUAGUCCCAGCUUCAACAGGUCCAUGGGGUGCUCCUCUUUUUGACAAGGCCAUAGUUUACAAAUCAUCCGAACUGCAAGAAGGUGUUGUCCUAGAGUUUCCAGAAAUGACAAGUUCCACAAGACGUGAUCACUGGCUCGCACUCGUCAAGGAGAUAAUGCUGUUUCAUAAGUUCUUGCUAAAUUACGAGGUCAGGACAUCGGUGGAAUCAUGGGAAAUGCAUGCUAGAACAAUGCUUGGAAUUAUAAGACUUCAUGCUGUUAGAGAAAUGCUUAGGAUCUGCCCCCCUGUUCCCAAAAGCUUCUUAAUCUUUACCUUGCUUGAUGAGUUGCCUAAAGGGGACUAUGUGCUGGAAGAGCUUGCCCGGAGUUUGAAGAAGGCCAACAUUGACCAUCCAUGUAGUGCAAGCUCAAUCUUUAAGUGUAUUAAUGUCUCCCAACUGUCAACAUCCCUUCCGGAGAGAGCGGUGAAGGAAGUGAAUGUUAAAGGAAACAACCCCUUGGCUCAAUCUGAAGAUGUGUCAUCACUAGAGAGCGCCAUCGACCAGGCAAGAGAGGAAGAAAAAGAAAUAAUUGUUGCUAAAGCUACAGUUGAGGAAGUGAGAGAAGAAGGAAUUGCCAACAAUGUUCAGGCUUUUUUGUGUCUGGUUAAACCAUUGGGAGCCAUGAUGUCUCGUUUCCAAGAUAUUUUUACAUGGGAAAGGCCACUAACCACUUUCAUCGUUCUUGUGAUAACCCUUCUAGUUAUUUACAAGGAGUGGGUUGGCAAGGCCAUUGCAGCAUUUCUACUGUGUGUGGUUACUACAAUGCUGAGGGCCAGACAGCUUGGGCUAGCUAAUAAACACAACAAGAUUCUUAUUUACAUUGGAACCGAUAAAUCUGCGGUGGAGAACAUAGUGUCAGCACAACAGGGUUUAAAAACUGCAGGUGACAUUAUUCAACAAAUGAAUGUCAUUUUGCUCAAAGUUUGGUCACUGUUUGCUUCUAAAGCUCCAAAGCAAUCAAACACGGUGGUGGCAGUUAUGAUUGGGGUGGCAGUAGUGCUAGCAUUGGUACCAUUCAAGUAUAUCCUAAUGGGACUUGUACUGUCUGGCUUCAUAUCAUCCUCAAAGAUGAUGGGAAAAGGAAAGCCAAAGGACGGGGGAAACAGGCGGCUCAAGGAGUGGUGGGAUUCCAUACCGGUUGCACCUGUCGAGGUCAUCGAUGAGAAGGCUGCUGAUGAUAGCGUAGUGGUGCUUUGAUGACAGUGGUUUGUUACUUUGUUCAUAAGCAUACUAGUUGUAUAGUGCUCUUUAUCUAAUGUAGUUCUCAUCACCAAUGUUGUUGUUUCCUACGCAUACAUUCGAAAUUUAUGGUCGUUUUAGAGUUAAGUUCUUUUGUACGUUGAUCAAGGAAAGGAGCACUGUAAUCUAACUCAAACAAGGCAAGGUAAAGAUAAACUAAUAAAAGUGGUAUUACUUG